CUCUACAACAACCGCCAUUUUGUACCUUUUGCAUUUGACAUCGCCAUAACAACGGCCUGCUUGGACUUUGGAAAUGUCACUGGUCCAGCCUCUGUUCUUCACUUCACCUUUUGGCAAAGAGCUAACAGGAUGAGUAAUUUCCUGAAGAAAAGGUCUCCCACUGUAUCUCCUGUUCAGAUCUGUUCUUCUCUCAGAGGAGGCCUACAUGCGCAGUAUGCAUCUCCUCCUUUUCAGGGGUUCAAGCACCUUUAUAAAGCGCGCCUGGGUCAUCUGAAAAGUCAUUGCUUAUGCAAAGAGCGAGUUAAACCAAAUAUUCUCCUCCCACUUCUUGCCUUGCGACUAUGUGGAAAGCUGUGGUGCUGGCUGUGUGUCUGCUUGUGGCUGGCGUUCAGCCCAUGGAUGACCCAACAUAUGGGGUGAAGCUCUGUGGCCGUGAGUUCAUCCGGGCGGUCAUCUUCACCUGCGGGGGUUCACGAUGGAAACGGUCACUCGGGAGUUUAGAUGCUUCAGAGGACCCCUUCACUUCCCCUCAGGAUGAACUCUCAGAGAGCUUGAAUCACAAUUUUGCGGUGGAGAGUCUCCUUCAAAGAAACACGGAUCCAAGCUCCGCAUCCAGAGACAACCAGGAGGGAGUUUUCAGCCGCUCUACCCGUUCAUUCAUCACCGAAGAGAUACUGGAGGCGCUUCGCAAAGCUGACCGCAAAGGCCGCGAUGUGGUCGUGGGCCUCUCCAACGCCUGCUGCAAGUGGGGUUGCAGCAAGAGCGAGAUCAGCUCUCUGUGCUGAGGGUCGAUAUAUGCAAUCUGAGCGCGCUGGGUGCCAGGCAUGUUGUACACCUUAAUAAACAAACAGACACAAAUAUGCACACGCACUCUUCUUUAUUCACUUUUUUGUGAAUUUUAUAUCCUGCGUGUGUCUGUUCAGUAAAGUCUGUUUAAUGUCUUUGAUUUUCAGUAUCAAGUGAAUGUUUAUGUGGCCAGUAUGAUGUAUAAAGAGAUACGUUCGUUUUA